GUAGAGAGAGAAAGAGAGAGGGGUCAAAUCGAGUGGCGAAGGGGGUUGGGUUGUCUUUUACAGAUUUCUGUGGUGGUGGUGGUGGUAUUUCCAUUUAGCCCUUCUCCUCCUUUUUCUUUCUUUCUAGCCCACGGAGGGUUUCAAACAAAAACACACAGAGGAGAGAGAAACCAGAGAGAGAUAGCCCUGAAAGCUUGAAGAUAAUAUACUGGAGACGCAGCUCUCCAAGCACUCCAUACAAAACCCCCAAAUCUUCUACUUUCCCUCUAAUCUUCUCUUUAGUUUGUGUAUUCUUUAGCCGAUGGAUCCCUUCGAUUUGGUACGAAAAGGGUUUGGUUGAAGCUUAAUGAAAAUCAAGUUAUUGUUUUAUUCAAAGCUGUUUUAGUUAUUUUCAUUUGAGUAAAUAAUGAACUUGUCCAAGAAGGGAUCCUUUACCAACGACACCAAACUAAGCACUGCAAACAAGGCAACUGUGUUGAAUCCCAAUGCAGCAGAGUUUGUUCCCUUUUCCCUCAGAUCUCCGUCAUCUGGAAGCACCAGCACGGCUCAGGGCUCAAAAAAGUUUUCUUCCGCUGGAACAUUUGGAAAAGCAGUACUAGAUCGAACAGAAUCUUCUAUAUCAAACAAUUCCGAUGACGAGGCCCACCAGUACUGGCGCCACCAGCUCCCUGAUGAUAUUACCCCUGAUUUUAAGGUCAUGGGGGAAGAUGAGUCGCAAGGCCUUGGGAACCUCUCUUUGGCAGGUUUGUCCUUACACGAUGAUGUUGAAGCAACACGGUUUGCUGCCUCUACGGGCAGUGGAUACUUAUUAAACGAGUCACAUACUAAUGGCAAUAGCUUUUCCGAAAAGUUAAGAGCUUCUGCACCUCCCUUUGGCGGGGAGGAUCUUUCAUCGGCCAGUUUCCUUCAUAUGUCACCGAAGCCUUGGGAUAAACAGAUUCUGAACAGUAAUCAGCUUGUUGGCAAUGGUCAGGAGGGGUCUCCUUAUGAUGGCUUUUCUAGACACGGGUUCAUGAAUGAUAUGAUGGGUGAGCAUGCAGUUGUGGAAGAUGCUGAUAUUAACCCUGCUGAGUUUUUGGCUUCACAGUUCCCUGGCUUCUCUGCUCAGAGCGUUGCUGAAGUUUACUUUGCCAAUGGCUGUAAUUUGAACCUGACUAUUGAGAUGUUGACUCAGUUGGAGCUUCAAGUUGACGGUGGUUUUAAUGAGAAUUUGAACUCAAAGGCCUUGUCAGCUCCUGAUCUUAGUUCAAUGGACUUCCCUGCACUUACGCCAACAGAUGGUCAUCAUGAUCAUUCAAAAUAUGCUGGAGAUGCUGAUCUCCAGCAAAGCAAUCCUUAUCGAUCUUCUGACAAAGACAACAUGCUUUUGUUCAAGUCUAGCUCAUCAAUUCCUAAUAGAGGUGCAAUAGAUUUUGCUUCAGCUGUCAGAAAAUUAGCAACCCAGGAUUCUGGAUGGAAGUAUGAGAGAAAUGGUUCUGCUGAUGCUGCUAUUGGCUCAAGCCGUUCCCAUCUUUCGAACAGCACUUACAAUACUGGGCAUGGAAGAGGCAUGUACAGCGACAGGUCGCAGAAUCGUGGUUCAGCUCGAACUGCACCUGUUUGGCUUGAAACGGGAGAUGCCGUUGCAAAUAUGUAUUCUGAUCUGCGGGAUGAAGCUCGGGACCAUGCACGCCUACGUAAUGCAUAUUUUGAGCAGGCACGGCAAGCAUACCUUGUUGGAAACAAGGCUCUAGCAAAGGAGCUGAGCGUUAAAGGACAGCUGCACAACAUGCAUAUGAAGGAAGCUCAUGGAAAAGCUCAAGAGUCUAUAUAUCGUCAGAGGAACCCAGUUUCUCCAGAGAUGCAGGGCAAUGGGAGAUCACAAGAGAGGAUGAUAGACCUGCACGGGCUGCACGUAAGUGAAGCCCUUCAUGUCCUGAAGCACGAGCUGAGCGUGUUGAGGAAUGCUGCCAGAGCAGGAGAGCCUGGUCUUCUGGUUUAUAUAUGUGUUGGAACGGGCCACCACACCAGGGGUUCCCGCACUCCAGCUAGGCUCCCAAUUGCUGUACAGCGAUACCUACUCGAAGAAGGCCUUGACUACACUGAACCACAGCCAGGGCUGCUCCGAGUUCUGUUAUACAUCUACAAACACCGGAGUCUUGAGUUUUGGAGGGAAAGUCAACGAUGCAAACAAGAAACAAUAAUGCGAUUGCGCCACCACUUCCGCCCCAAAGCCACUUCCCUCCUCACCAAUUCUCCACACCCACAAUCUCUUCUCUUACUCUCCUCUGCCCUCUCUCACUCUGCCCGCAUAUCCCCAUCUUCUGCUUCCUCCUCCUCUCAGUGGUUCUCCAUCCUCCGCGCCGCCGUCGCCGCCGCAGACUUGCAGCUCGGAAAGCGUGUGCACGCGCUGAUCGUAACCUCCGGCGAUGGCCCGGAUCAGUUUUUGACCAACAACCUCAUCGCCAUGUAUUCCAAAUGCGGAUCGCUUUUAUCCGCACGCCGCCUGUUUGAUAAAAUGCCCGGCCGAGACCUUGUCACAUGGAACUCCAUUCUAGCGGCCUAUGCGCAUGCUGCGGGCUCUGAUGUUGAGAAUGUUCAAGAGGGUCUUAGCCUUUUCCGGCGUCUUCGUGAGUCGGUUGUUUUUACCAGUCGGCUCACUUUGGCGCCGGUUUUGAAAAUGUGUUUGAUAUCAGGGCACCUAUGGGUUUCCGAGGCGGUUCAUGGGUAUGCUGUUAAGAUUGGAUUGGAGUGGAAUGAGCUUGUUUCUGGUGCUCUUGUGAAUAUAUAUUCUAAAUUCGGACGAAUUAAGGCCGCUCGUGUGUUGUUUGAUGGGAUGAUGGAAAGGGAUGUUGUGUUGUGGAAUACAAUGCUCAAGGCAUAUGUGGAAACGGGUCUUGAGGAAGAAGGACUUUCUUUCCUCUCAGCGUUUCAUCGGAGUGGAUUGCAUCCCGAUGAUGUAAGUGUGCGUUCUGUUCUCAGUUGGAUUGACAAAGUUGAUUCUUAUGAAUGCAAGAGGCACAUGGAGCAGGUUCAAGCAUACGCGACAAAAUUGUUUCUGUAUGAUACAAAGUCGGAGUGUUCGGACAUAUAUUCUUGGAACAAGACGUUGUCCGAGUAUGUUAAAGCUGGUGAAAAUUGGGCUGCUAUAGACUGCUUUAGAAACAUUGUACGAUCAAAAGUAGAGUUUGACACGGUGACAUUAGUUGUUAUUCUGUCUACGGUUGCCGGUGUAAAUGAUUUGGAGUUGGGGAAACAGAUUCAUGGUCUUGCUUUGAAAUCACGUUUUGAUUCUGUUGUUUCUGUUGCAAAUAGCCUCAUCAACAUGUAUUCAAGGGCUCGUUCUGCUUAUUCUUCAAGAAAAGUGUUCAAUCGCAUGAAAGAAGUGGACUUAAUUUCGUUGAACUCAAUGAUAUCAUGUUGUGCGCAAAGUGGUUUAGGAGAGGAAGCCGUAAACUUAUUCAUAGGCUUAUUACAUAAUGGUUUGAGACCGGAUCAAUUUACUAUCGCAAGUAUUCUAAGGGCUUGCUCCUCCCUUGAAGAAGGGUUGUCAGCCAGCAAACAGAUUCAUGUUCAUGCUAUAAAAUCCGGUAUUGUUGCUGACAGUUUUGUUUCGACAGCUCUUAUUGAUGUUUAUUCUAGAAGUGGAAACAUGGAGGACGCAGAGGUCAUUCUUGGAAAUGAACUUGAAUUCAAUCUGGCAUCUUGGAAUGCAAUGAUGUUCGGAUACAUAAUGUGUAAUGACAGUCACAAGGCAUUGGAACUUAUGAGGAUAAUGCACGAAGGUGGACACAGCACAGAUGCGAUAUCUUUAACAACUGCGGCUAAGGCUGCUAGUAGCCUGGUAGCUUUGGGACCAGGACCAGGCAAGCAAAUUCAUGCUCAUGCCAUAAAAACAGGUUUUGUUUCGGAUUUAUGUGUUAACAGUGGAAUUCUGGAGAUGUAUAUCAAAUGUGGUGACAUGGGAAGUGCACACACAGUGUUCAACGACAUACCUGCACCCGAUGGUGUUGCAUGGACAACUAUGAUCUCAGGAUGUGUAGAAAAUGGAGAUGAAGGGCGCUCUCUUUCUAUAUACCAUCGGAUGAGGCAGUCAGGAGUCGAUCCCGAUGAAUAUACCUUAGCCACCCUUGUCAAAGCCAGCUCUUGUCUGACAGCAUUAGCACCAGGGAAACAGAUACACGCUGAUGUGAUAAAGUUGGAUUUUUCCUCAGACACUUUUGUCGCAACAUCACUUGUUGACAUGUAUGCCAAGUGCGGCAACAUAGAAGAUGCUUAUCAUUUAUUCAGGAAAAUGGAUGUUAGGAAUGUCGCCCUGUGGAAUGCCAUGUUGGUCGGUUUAGCUCAGCACGGAAACGCUAAAGAAGCACUAAGCCUUUUCAGAGUCAUGAAAACGAAGAACAUCGAGCCUGAUAGAGUUACUUUCAUUGGAGUCCUUUCCGCUUGCAGCCAUUCUGGUUUAGUAUCCGAAGCAUUUGAGUAUUUUUCUAAAAUGCAGAAAGAUUACGGCGUCGAACCUGAGAUGGAGCACUACUUUUGCCUAGUUGAUGCCCUUGGCCGCGCAGGUCUAGUCCAAGAGGCAGAAAAACUGAUAGUAUCAAUGCCCUUUGAAGCUUCUGCUUCAAUGUAUAGAGCCCUUCUAUGUGCUUGUAGUUAUGCUCGUAGAGUCAAAGGGGAAACCGAAACUGGAAAACGGGUAAUAGCAGUACAGCUCCUGGCUGUGGAGCCAUCUUACUCGUCUGCUUACGUGCUUUUAUCCAACAUCUACGCAGCUGCAGCGUUCUCUGUACUACCACAGUCAGAAGCUAGCAAUAGCUUAUGGACUCAUAAGCACUCCUCCGUCCGCUGCCAUUUGGGUGAUAAAAAACCUGAGAGUUUGUGAAGAUUGCCAUAAUGCAGUCAAAUACAUAUCGAAAGUUUAUCAGAGAGAGAUUGUUUCAUGGGGGUUCUUUCAGCGCAGCUGCCUGCUAACCGACCCAGAUUUUUUGAACAGAUGGAUUUCGUGGCGAAUCACUUUUGGGUAACCCCAUCUUCUACCUUCGGUUUUUGCUUAUGGUACUUCAGUGGCAACAUUGCUAGAUUUAGGGAUUCUACUGACUGAUUUGGAAUGAGCUUGUUUCUGGUGCUCUUGUGAAUAUAUAUUCUAAAUUCGGACGAAUUAAGGCCGCUCGUGUUGUUGAUGGGAUGAUGGAAAGGGAUGUUGUGUUAUGGAAUACAAUGGUCAAGGCAUAUGUGGAAACGGGUCUUGAGGAAGGACUUUAUUUCUUCUCUGCAUUUCAUUGGAGUGGAUUGCGCCUUGAUGAUGUUAGUGUGCACUCUGUUCUCUGUGGGAUUGACUAAGUUGAUUCUUAUAGAUGCAAGAGGCAUAUGGAGCAGGUUCAAGCAUACGCGAAGAAAUUGUUUCUGUAUGAUACAAAGUAGGAGUGUUUGGACAUAUAUUCUUGGAACAAGACAUUGUCUGAGUAUGUUAAAGCUGGUGAAAAUUGGGCUGCGGACUGCUGUAGUGUAUUCAAACGCUCGUUCUGCUUAUUCAUCGAGAAAAGUGUUCAAUCGUGUGAAAGAAGUGGACUUAAUUUCGGCGAACUCAAUGAUAUCAUGUUGUGCGCAAAGUGGUUUAGGAAGGAAGCGGUAAACUUAUUUACAGGUUAUUACAUGAUGGUUUGAAACCCGAUCAAUUAGCUAUCGCAAGUGUUUUAAGGGCUUGCUCCUCGCUUGAAGAAGGGCUGUCAGCCAGCAAACAGAUUCAUGUUCAUGAUAUAAAAUCCGAUAUUGUUGCUGACAGUGUUGUUUCGACGGCUCUUAUUGAUGUUUACUCUAGAAGUUGAAACAUGGAGGGCGAAGUCCUCGUCGGAAAUAAACUCAAGUUCAAUCUGGCAUCUUGGAAUGCAAUGAUGUUCGGAUACGUAAUGUGGAAUGACAGUCAGAUGGCAAAGUUCAAGAUUUUUAGAGGGUUUGAGGGAAAUCCCCAUAUCUGCACUUAAUAGGCAAGGCAAGCAUUUGAGUCUGGCAUCUCGUUUAUCAACUCAGGGAACAUUUUGAUGUCUGGAAGGCUCAUCCCCUUUUAACUUCAAUGACUGAUGGAAAAAGGGAAGAGGUGAGAGUUAUAUACUUCAUUGUUUUUACUUAAUUUGUUUUAACAUAAAAAAAAUAGCGUGUUGAAAUCAU